GACGUGGAAGACCCGUUCGGAGAUUUUUGUGUGGGGGGAGGGGGCAUUUUCGUUAAAUAACAGGGGGCUGUAAUCUGUACAACGGUUUAGAGUUGGUUCGUUUAUGUCCAUUAAGGAUUUGUAGUGAUUUCCACGCCGUGGGAGAGGACUGGCUGUCGGGACUUUCCCGUGGGGCCUUUAUUCCCCGAAGUAGCUGUGUCCAGGGCCUGGCGGAGUGUGACCUCCAAUCUCGCUGAAUUCGUGCAGUUACCCGUCACCAUGGGUGUAGCGUUAACUCGAGCAGCUCAAUGGACGGCUGCUGGCAUUGGGGUCGGAAAGUUAGAAUUUACCCCUCUGAACAUCUCGCUACUGAACAGCAUUAUCAAAUUUGUGGAAUAUGUUAGUUCCAAGCACCCACAGGAAGCUGCUUUGGUGUUUCGGGAACCUCUUGAAUGGAAGUCGAAUUUGGAGAUAUCCGGAUUCGGAGCAGACUACCAAAUCAGCAAAAAAACUGUUGUAUCAAAAGAAAAUGUGGAUGGAAACCCCUUGCUGAUUUUGGAUGCUUCUACUGGUGUCAUCAAAGUGUCCACUUUUCACCAGCUAGCCAAGCUGCUAGAAAUAGCUCAGAAAGAGAAACUGAAAGAAACACAAGCUUGUCUAGAAGCAAACAGAGACCCAAUUGCAAAGAUCCUGGGGCCAAGCUUUGCUACUGUGGAAGGAGAGGACAAAUCAAUGCUUCGUUUACUAGAAAAAGUGAAGAAGGGUGAUGAAGAACCUGAGGCUGAAGCUCAGAUGAAGUUGCUUCUGCUUCUGCAGCAGUUAGAUAUGCAACUUCUAAAUACUUCUUUACAGAAAAUUUCACAAGAAGUGCGGCUGAACCCUCAAGCUAUAAAGAAUGAUGUGCAACUGCUCCAGUCCUUCUCUGGAGAAGGAGAUCUGACUGUUUUAAAGUCGAUCAACUACACAUCAGAAUAUGAAUUUUCUAAUGGAUGCAGAGCCCCACCAUGGAGACAAGUAUAUGGAGAUAUUUGUUACCUGAUUAUUAAUACUCAUGAUACUGAAACUUUGUAUGUUACCUGUAACACAGCUGGAGUUUACCUGAAUGGGGGUCUGGUAAAGGAUAGUGAAGAUAUUAUUUAUGACAGAAGUGGUGAUAUCUACAAGGAUCUUAUUACAUUCCUUAAAGAAAAAUCGCCAAUAUUUGCAGAAAAUCUUAAUCGGGUUCAACAGAAUUUUGUACUACAAAAGAAACCCCCAUCUACUCGAAAGUCCCAGAAAGCAGAAGUAGCUAUUAAUGAGGAACUUGAGAGUGAAAGGUUUAGCGAAUAUCAGGACAAGAAUAAGUUUGAAAGAAAGAAACCACCGCCAAAACCUAAGACAAGGGAUACAAAAAAAGAAGAAGCUUCCUUUGUACAUAGGACUCUAGAAUCAUCCCAUCGGCUAUCUAUAAAGGAUGAGAAAGCUCAAUUGAAAGACCAGGAUACUAAGAAGGUUAAAAAUGAAAAAGAAAAUAUUGAGAUUGUUGCAACCAGGAAAUACAAGUGUUUAACAGCUCAAGAGAAAACUCAUUUGAUACAGAGAAUAGUUUCUGAUGGAUCAGAAGAGUUCAGUGAAAGUUCUACAGAGAGUGAGGAAGAGAAACAAGAUAUGAACAGACAACAGGAAUCCAAUGCUGACUUACCUUCUGAGUACUGGCAGAUCCAGAAAGUGGUAAAAUACCUGAAGGGUGGCAACCAAACGGCAACUGUUAUUGCAUUGUGUUCAAUGAGGGACUUUAACUUGACUAAUGAGACAUGUCAGUUGGCCAUCCGAGAUGUGGGUGGCCUAGAGGUUCUGAUUAACUUAUUGGAUACAGAAGAAACCAAAUGUAAAGUUGGCUCAUUAAGGAUUCUAAAAGAAAUCAGUAAAAAUCCACAAAUUCGACGUUCCUUGGCAGAACUCGGUGGUUUGCAGAUUAUGGUGAAAAUCCUGGAUUCCUCUAAUAAAGAUCUCAAAUGUUUGGCUGCUGAAACAAUUGCCAAUAUAGCCAAGUUCAGGAGAGCAAGACAAACUGUCAGACUUCAUGGUGGAAUUCAACGCCUGGUUGGCCUUUUAGACUGCGUUCCAACUUCAGCUCAACUAACUGCAGAACAAGAGAAAGAUAUUGAAGUUGCACGUUGUGGUGCUCUGGCACUGUGGAGCUGCAGCAAAAGUAAAAAAAAUAAAGAUGCUAUUCGUAAAGCCGGUGGUAUUCCUCUAUUGGCUUGCCUGUUGAAGUCUCCUCAUGAAAAUAUGCUUAUUCCAGUUGUUGGCACAUUGCAAGAAUGUGCUUCAGAGCCAAGUUACAGGCUAGCCAUUCGUACAGAAAAUAUGGUUAAGAAUCUGGUAAGAAAUCUUAGCAGUGAAAGUGAGGAACUUCAGAUGCAUUGCGCCCGCGCCAUUUUUAAGUGUGCAGAGGAUGAGGAAACACGUAAUCUUGUAAGAACUCAUUUUGGACUGGGACCUCUAGUCACGCUUGUCAGCAAGUCUUAUAAUAAGCAAUUAUUAGCAGCAGCCACGGGAGCUGUCUGGAAAUGUGCCAUCAGCAUGGAGAAUGUAGAAAGGUUCAAACACUUGAAAGUUGCAGAAACUCUGAUUAGCCUACUCAUUGGUCAACCUGAGGAAGUCCUUAUUAAUGUUGUAGGAGCGUUGGGGCAACUGGCACGAGACCCAGUUAUUCGAGGUGCUAUCAGGAGGUCUGGCGGAAUUGAUCCAUUGGUCAAUCUUUUAACUGGAACUAAUAAUGCUCUUCUUGUAAAUGUCACCAAAGCAGUGGGAGAAUGCGCUGUUGAUGCUGAAAAUAUGUCGAUAAUUGAAUCUCUAGAUGGUGUUCGUUUGUUAUGGUCUUUACUCAAAAAGCCAAAUCCAGACAUUCAAGCAAGUGCAGCUUGGGCACUUUGUCCUUGUAUUGAAAAUGCCAAGGAAGCAGGGGAAAUGGUUCGCUCCUUUGUUGGUGGCCUGGAAUUAAUUGUUAAUUUGUUAAAAUCUGAUGACAUGGAGGUUCUGGCCAGUGUUUGCGCAGCUUUAGCCAAAAUAGCCAUGGAUGAAGAAAACCUAGCAGUUAUAACAGACCAUGGAGUUGUUCAAAUGUUGUCAAGUUUAACAUACACAAGAGAUGAUAUGCUUCGGCAGCAUUUAGCGGAUGCUGUUGCUUGCUGUUGUAAAUGGGGGAACAACAGAGUUGCCUUUGGAGAAACUGGGGCUGUGGCUCCACUGGUCCAUUAUCUGAAAUCGAAAAGCCCCCUUGUUCAUCGUGCUACAGCACAAGCCUUGUACCAGCUUUCAUUUGAUCCUAACAACUGUAUUACCAUGCAUGAAAAUGGGGUGGUUAAGCUGCUUUUGAAUUUGAUGGAUUCCACAGAUGAAGUUCUGCAGGAAGCAGCUGCUGGUUGCAUCGCAAACAUUCGAAGGCUUGCCCUGGCUAAUGAGAAAGCCCGCUACAAAUGAAAACAGUGCACACUCCACGUUUCCUUUCUCAGGAGCUAUUACCUGCACAGGUAUAAUAAAAGAAAGAUUUACUGAGUACUGCUUCUGGAUGAACAUGAAAGACCUUCUGUAUGAGCUAAAAUAAACCAGAUGCUUAAUGGAAACCAAAAAGCUGCUUCUGAUUUCUAAAAAUCAUAUAGAAACAAAUCAAUUUCGGAAUAGUGCUACUAUAACAUGAAAUACAUUUUUACAAAUGUAGCAAAUUUAUUUGGAAUUCAAAAAUACAACUAAGUCCUUGUUAAAAACCUGUCUAGAAGAAUGAACAUUUAUUUACACUGGUAGAUCUAUUUUCUUUUCAAAAUAAAGAUGUCAUUUUUCGUGUGUGUGUGUGUGUGUGUGUGUGUGUGUGUGUGUGUGUGUGUGUGUGCUUUCAUAGUAUAUUAAAGAUGUCUUGUGCAAUUCUUUUCAUUCAAAACCUAUAUAAUCAUGUUGUUGUAAAGCAUUCUUCUGUUUCAUCAGUUAUAAUCCACAGGAGAAGUCUGAAUACAGAAGCAAAGAUUUCACAUCUGUUAUUGUAUUACAGUAACUGAGAACUCCUAACAGCUGCAGGAUUCACUGCUUAGGGAGAAGUCAGUGCAUCGACUUAAAGCCUGCAAGAUUUUUAAAAAACAUUUCAUGCGUCUUUGCCAGCAUAGCAUAAUUAAAUACUCAGUUAUGUCUGCAAUCUAUAUGUGUAGAAUAUCAAUGUGUGCUAGUUACUGGGAAAUACAUUUUGUAAAAUUAUUACAGUACAAUGGAAGUGGGAUAACAUUUAACAGAGCAACAAAAUUUGAUAUGGAAGCUGGUAUGUACUUUAUUGUGAAUACAUUUGUGCUGUUAGAAAGAUAUUAAAGUUCUGGAGAAUGUGUUACUGAGUUGGCUUUGGCUCAGUGCUCACGAAUUGUGUUUGGUUAAAAAAUAAAGAACUUAAACUAUUUUAUUUCCAAUUGCAUCACCUCCCAAUUUUCCAUUUUAAAAGGUCUCACUACAAUUUAGUACCAUAUUUCAUAGUCAAAAAGUGACAGACUGUGCCUUUCACUUCUUAACCAUCGUUGAUAUUGCUGAAUGACUAGCCAAAGGAGAAAAGCAUGUUUAUAUCUGUGAGUUUUUUUCUCCUUCCUCACAUUUGCAA